AUGUCUUAUUAUCCGCCGUACUCGGGCGCUCCGGGGUAUCCCUCGCAGCAGUCUUACCUCCCGCAGCAGCAGUACCCACCGAUGCAUCACCACCAGCAGCCUUCCUACGGCGGAUACCCGGGCCAGUCGUAUCACCAGCAGCACCCUCCGUCCAACCCGUACGGAUACAGCCACUCGCCGCAGCCGCCUCAACAGCCCUACGGAUCCCACCCCCCACCUCACGGAUAUAAUGCUCCGCCGCCCUCCGGAUACCCUCAACAGCCGCCCAGCGGGCCACCCAUGUAUCAGGGCCGGCCACCAGCGAAUCCCUAUCAAGGCGGCCCUGGCCCCCAGGCCCCGCCCAGUAACCCAGUCUCUUUCGGUCACGGUGCCCCGCAAGGCUAUAACUUCCAGUACUCGCGUUGCACAGGCAAGAGAAAGGCGUUGCUGAUUGGAGUCAACUAUUUCGGCCAAAAGGGUCAGUUGCGUGGAUGUAUCAACGACGUCAAGAAUAUGUCGACAUACUUGAACCAGAACUUUGGUUACGCUCGCGAGGACAUGGUCCUCUUGACCGAUGACCAGCAAAACCCCAUGAGCCAGCCGACCAAGGCGAACAUUCUCCGGGCUAUGCAUUGGCUGGUCAAGGAUGCUCAACCCAACGACUCGCUAUUCUUCCACUACUCCGGCCACGGCGGUCAGACACCUGAUCUGGACGGCGACGAAGACGACGGAUAUGACGAAGUCAUCUACCCAGUAGAUUUCCGGGCCGCGGGUCACAUUGUGGACGACGAGAUGCACCGGAUCAUGGUCCAGUCACUCCGACCUGGUGUCCGACUCACAGCGAUCUUCGACUCCUGCCACUCUGGAUCCGCGCUGGAUCUUCCCUACAUCUAUUCCACCUCUGGUGUGCUCAAGGAGCCCAACUUGGCCAAGGAGGCGGGCCAGGGUCUGCUUGGCGUGGUGUCCGCAUACGCGCGUGGCGAUAUGGGUGGCAUGAUGUCCACCGCCAUGGGAUUCUUCAAGAAGGCCACGAAGGGUGACGAGGUGUACGAGCGCAACAAGCAGACGAAGACCAGUCCCGCGGAUGUUGUCAUGUGGUCUGGAAGCAAGGACGACCAAACCAGUCAAGAUGCUCAGAUUGCUGGCCAAGCCACCGGUGCCAUGUCCUGGGCUUUCAUCGCCGCACUGCGGAAGAACCCUCAGCAGAGUUAUGUCCAGCUGCUGAACAGCAUUCGUGACGAACUGUCCACCAAAUAUACCCAAAAACCGCAGUUGAGCUGCAGCCACCCCCUCGACACGAACCUUCUCUAUGUGAUGUAA